AUGUGGACUGCCCAGAACCACGCCACGACGAGCAGCGCUGUUCUCCUCACGGCCGCUACGCUCGGCUCGCUCUACGCAGGAUGGAAGGUCGCGACCGCCCUGUACUCGCAGCGCGUACUUGAUGCAGCGCUCACGAAGCAAAAGCUCCACUCCCCGGACUCGACGCUUCCGGUACUCGGCAACACGCUCGACCUGCUCUUCUUCCAGAGAGAGCGACUUUGGGACUGGGUCACGGAGCAGAGUGCAAUCAGUGGAGGCAAACCCUGGGUGCUGCGAAUCAUCGACCGCCCCACGUCCCUCGUCGUCACGUCCCCCGAAACGCUUGAAGACAUUUUCAAGACGCAGUUCGAGACUUUCGAGCGAGGCGCCGACAUGCGCGAGCUCUUCUACGCGUUCGUGGGCGAUGGGAUCGUCGGAGCGGACGGCGAGCAGUGGGUCAAGCACCGACGCACUGCCAGCCUCAUGUUCACUACUCGAACGCUGCGUGAAGUGGUGGAUGCAGUCGCAAAGGAGAAGUCGCUCCAGUUACGGGACGUACUCUCAGAGUGCGCCAAGCAAGGGCGCGUAGUGAGCAUGAAGUCGCUGCUGACCAAGUUUUCGGGUGACGCAUUCACCAAGAUCGGCUUCGGAGUGGACCUCAAUAGUCUUGGAGGAAAUGUAGAGUCCGCAAUGGAUCACCCUUUCAUGGAGGCAGUGGAGGUUUAUGCUGAGGUGCUUUGCACUCGGUUGCUGUCACCGACCUGGCUGUGGAAGCUCAAGCGCUUCCUCAACGUCGGAGACGAACGCGCGCUGAAACACGCCAACAAAAUUGUGCACGAUUUGACAUACGAAGUGAUGCGCGAGUCCAUGGAGAAGAAAACCCAUGGAGAAGGAAUGGCGUUACAGCAACCAUAUGACGACAACACGACAGAAAUUAAAGCAACCACAAGGCCUAAAGCAACCCUAAAACCAGCUGGCACCCGGUAA